ACAGUCUGCUCGUGUCCUCCAGCGACUGAAGACGUUUGAGCUUAGUUUAGCCAGGACAACGCGAUUCGGACAGAUACACAAGCAUUUUCAAUUUUGCAGAUUUCUGCCGUUUUCAUAACAAUAGCUGCACAUUUUUAGCACGUGUAGAGAAAUCGCGGACUUUGGAGCAACGUGGUUUUGGUUUGAUAGCGAUUUUGGGAAUAACUUUCGCUUAAAACUCUGCAUUACGGACUUUCACGGCUUCUCCAAUGAGAUUUCUGUAAAGAUCUUUGAAAGGAGAGAUACGUUUGACUGGAGUCGAUUUUAAAUUUAGUUUGACGAUGGAUUUGUGUACAAAAAAGACGUGCCCGCUGUUGCUACUACUACUUUACGUAUCAUUGGCUCGUGGCGCGUUCGUGGAGCCCUCUCAGCCUCGUUCAUCUCACCGCUCCCUCUCAGACUCUCAGACCAGGCUGCCCUGUCGGUACCAGGCGGGUCCAGAUGAGAAGGUGGUCCAGGUCACGUGGUACAAAGAGUUGCCGGACCGGACCAAAGACCAGAUGAUCACAGCGCACUUCACUGACGGACACACAGAGUUCGGACGUUACGCAGGCCGUGUGAGGUUUGAGAGCAGCAGUCCCACGGAAAACUCAGCGCUCCUCAUCCCCAGCACUGAAGUGUCUGAUGAGGGAGUUUACACCUGCCACAUCUCCACUUUCCCCAAUGGAAACUUCGAACGCACCAUCGCCCUCACUGUCUGGAGUCUCCCCAUCUCCUCCCUGGAGCCGGUGGUGAUGCGUGAGGGUCAAUCCUUCGGUGUGGCUGCCUCCUGUCGCUCCAUGGGUCGACCUGCCCCACGCCUGUCAUGGGACACUCCUCUGGCGGGACAGGUGCAGAACAGGAGCAGUGAGAGCGGAGCUGUUACCUCUCUCUUCUCCCUCCACCCUCUUCGCUCCAUGAACGGAAAACAGCUGGACUGUCUGGUGUGGCAUCCAGGCUUCGACCAACCCAAGAGGAUCUCCAACACGCUGGAGGUUCAGUACCCUCCAGAGGUGAAGAUCGUGGCCGGGUCGGGGGACUGGUUUGUGGGGAUGGAGAAGGCUGAGCUCCAGUGUGAAGCCCAGGGACAACCUCCAGUCUCCAACGUCACAUGGAAAUGGAAAGGAGGGGCCCUGCCUCAGGAGGCGCUGGUGAUUGGGACCAAACUGGUUUUCAAGCGCGCCCUGCGUCUGAAUGACAGUGGAGUGUACGAGUGUGUGGCUCUGAACGCUGCAGGACCCGGGAGGACAGAGUAUGAGUUCACUGUGGCAGAGCGUUCCUUUCGUAUGGCGGACCUGGGAAGCGACAACUUCCUGUUGAUCAUGAUCGGGGCAGGGGCGGCGCUUCUGGUGCUGGUCAUGGUUGUGGUCAUCGUCCUGGUGAAUCGACAUCACAAAAACAAACACAAGAAACUGGAGCUGGAGCUCAGCGAGAAAACGGAGGAAAUAAACUCUCUGUCCAGACAAACAUCCCUGAGACGACUCAACUCGGUCAGCACCGACCCCAGAGUCCAGCCUGAAGAUUACGCCCUGCUCCGAGUAGACAGCAGAAUGAAAAACAGUCAAAUGUCUCUGGAGAGACCCAUCUACAAAGGCAGCCAGGGGACUCUGACGGGGAAGUGGGGGCCCCCUGGUGGUGUGGAGGUGGAUGAGCUGGGUCGCCCGGUGGUGUGGAGUGAGACAGAGAUGGAGUCGGAGCGAGAGGAGAGGAGGAGGAGGGUGGAGUCCUAUCUAAAGAGCAGCAAUAUGUCUCUGGACUCUGGUCUGCCCUCCUCUCUGGUCCCUCUGAAGCCGCAGCCAGAGGAGGUCCUUGUCCCGUGUCGCCACGAAGAACUGCCCCACCUAAGACACGCCCCCUCGCCAAACCUAAGACACGCCCCCUCGCCAAACAUUGAGUCAUGGAGCCCAUCUGCCCCGGGGCAAGUGGACGACGACACGGACAGCGGCACUUACCAGAUCUCUGAAGCUUUAAACAACCAUUUCUACUUUAGCAAUGGGCAGCUCAGACCAAGACCGCACUCAAACGCUAUUCUGCUCAACCCAAGUCGACCAAGCUCUGUCAUACGCACUCAAAAAACUUAAAGGACUCCACAGAAAAACUACAUUUGAACUAUAGAGAAUAUAUUAAAUCACAUUAAUACUGUGUAACUUCACAGGGUGUUUGACAAGAGACCUAUAGUAGUUGGAACACUACAAAAAUUAGGGUCUCAAGUAAAAAAAAAAAAAAAAAAAGAA